AUGCAUACAAUAGAUACAGGAACUGCUGCAUCAUUUAAAGGAUUUUAUCAAAACCAAAAAUUUACUCAAAAUGAAAACAAUAAUUAUUGGAGAGUAGACCUAGUUAGUUUACAUCAUAAUAGAAAUACUAGUGCAAUUAAUCCACUCGAUCAAAAUUUACAUGUAAACACGCAACAGUCUCAUUCAUUUACUUCAAGAAAUCCUUUAUACACUCUUAAUUCUAAUGAAGUAUAA